UAUUAUUUCUCACCACAUGAAUGAAAAUAUUUUCUCGGAAAAUUUUAAGCACCUUGGUUUGCUUCCCUACUUUUUUUUUUUUUUUCAUUGUUGCAAAUUGCAAAAAAUAAGCUAAUCAACUUCAUCACGGCGCCGAAAAUUGCGUUCCAAUCCUUAUAUAAACCCCUUCACUCCCUCUCUUCUUCUCACCAUCACUAGCUAAUCCUAUACAUAUAUAUACGCAUCUAUAUAUUUAUCUCUUCCUUCGUUUUUUUUUUUUAUUUGCAGAAAAAGAAAAAGAAAACCCUGGAAUUAAUGUUAUAAGAUGAUGAAUUGUCUUCAGAGUUGGCCUGAACCGGUGGUUCGAGUUCAAUCUUUGUCUGAAAGUGGCAUACGAGCUAUUCCAGAGCGGUAUAUCAAGCCGCCAAGUGACAGGCCCGGUUUUGAGAAACAAGAACACGUUGAUAUUCCCGUUGUUGAUCUUAAAAACCUGUUCAGCCAUGACCAUACCCUGCAUGAAGAAACCCUCAAACUCAUCUCCAGCGCGUGUAAAGAAUGGGGUUUCUUCCAAGCUGUGAACCAUGGCAUUAGCCAAGAGCUGAUGAAGCGUACGCGCGAGGUGUGGCGUGAGUUCUUUAACUUACCGCUUGAAGUUAAACAAGAAUACGCCAACGCGCCGACAACCUACGAAGGGUACGGUAGUCGGCUGGGUGUUCAGAAAGGUGCUAUCCUUGAUUGGAGUGAUUACUUUUUUCUUCAUUAUUUGCCUGUUUAUUUGAGGAAUCCAAGCAAGUGGCCUUCACUGCCCUCAUCUUGCAGGGAUUUGAUUUCCGAAUAUGGUGCUGAAGUUGAAAAACUAUGUGGAAGGCUUCUCAAGGCCAUGUCUAUUAGUCUUGGAUUAAAAGAAGAUUAUCUACAAAAUGCAUUUGGUGGAGAAGAUAUUGGUGCUUGUUUACGGGUCAAUUUUUAUCCAAAGUGUCCUCAACCUGACCUUACACUAGGCCUUUCGUCCCACUCGGAUCCCGGUGGCCUGACUCUGCUCCUCCCCGACCACGACGUUGCUGGUCUCCAAGUUCGUAAAAAUGGCAAGUGGAUCACUGUGAAACCCGUUCCCAAUGCUUUCAUCGUUAACGUUGGAGACCAGAUUCAGGUGAUGAGUAAUGCGAUUUACAAGAGUGUUGAACAUCGUGUGAUUGUGAACUCAGCGAAAGAUCGAGUUUCCCUAGCUUUCUUCUACAACCCCAAGAGUGAUCUACUCAUUGAACCAGCCAAGGAGCUUGUAAGUGAGGACCGGCCAGCGCUAUACAGUCCCAUGACGUUCGAUGAGUAUAGGCUUUAUAUUAGGACCUACGGUCCAUGUGGCAAAACACAAGUUGAAUUUUCGGAAUCUAAUAGAUAGUUAUUAAUAUAUAUAUAUAUGUAUGUGUGUAUGAUCAUAUUAUAUAACUGUGUGUUACUAUUUGAUGUUUUACGUAAGUGUUUCACGAAUGGUAUUGUGUAAUAUUACCAAA